CAAGUACGGAAAUUAAUUCGAACCAUCAGGGGAAAAAAUGAAAUGAAACGUACAGCAGGACGGGAGUGCAAAUUCUGAUACAAAUACAAUAUGAUGAACAAAAACAUUCCCGGAUGUGAUCCAAAUCCAGAGGAAUACCUGGUUAACAUCAACGUGGGUGGUCUAAAGCACAGUUUCUCUUCUAGCACUCUACUGAGGUUUCCAGACACACGGUUGUGUCGCCUUCUGUCCUGUGACACUAUAGAUGCCAUUUUACAGGUUUGCGAUGAUUAUGACAUUCAAGAACAGGAAUUUUACUUUGACCGAAACCCUACUCUCUUUCCUUAUGUCUUCCAUUUCUAUCAAACUGGAAAACUGCACAUUAUGGAGGAGCUGUGCAUUUUCUCCUUUUGCCAGGAGAUUGAGUACUGGGGCAUAAAUGAGUUCUUCUUGGAUAAUUGCUGUAGUUACCUCUACCAUGAUCGCAGGUUAGAGAACCAUCACAAAUCCUGGGAUGAGGAAAGUGAUGUAAGCAGUGUGGACACUUCUGUGGAUGAGAUAUCUGAUCUUAACAAGGACAUCCAACAUUUUCAGGACAUGCGCUUUGGUAAUGUACGUAAGUGCCUGUGGUUGACAUUGGAAAAUCCAGGAUAUUCCAUUCCAAGCAAGCUCUUCAGUUUGGUUUCCAUCAUUGUUGUAGUAACAUCAAUUGCCACCAUGUGCAUUAACAGUAUUCCAGAGUACCAAAGUUUUGAUGAAAAUGGUCAGCUAAUUGAAGACCCAAUCAUGCAAGCUUUGGAGAUUUUUUGUAUCUGCUGGUUCACAUUUGAAGUAGUAACCCGCAUGCUCCUUGCACCAAACCGCCGGAAGUUUUUCCUUCAUCCUCUAAAUGUGAUUGACAUUGUUUCAGUAGUGCCUAUCUACAUCACCCUGAUUUUUGAUCUGCUUGCUGGUAGUGAAUCAGAGCUGGAAAACAUUGGGAAAAUAGUUCAGGUUCUCAGGCUCAUGAGGAUCUUCAGGGUGCUGAAAUUGGCCAGACACUCAACAGGCCUGAGAUCAUUAGGUGCUACAUUGCGGCACAGUUACAGAGAGGUGGGAAUCCUUCUACUGUACCUGGCUGUAGGUGUAUCUGUCUUCUCUGGUGUGGCUUACACUGCAGAGUAUGAGGAGGAUGUCGGUCUGGACACAAUCCCCGCUUGCUGGUGGUGGGGUACAGUAAGCAUGACCACUGUUGGCUAUGGGGAUGUUGUGCCUGUCACAGUGCCUGGAAAGUUAGCAGCUUCUGGAUGUAUCUUGGGUGGCACAUUAGUAGUGGCUUUACCCAUUACUAUCAUCUUCAACAAGUUCUCACAUUUUUACCGCAAACAGAAGGCUCUGGAGGCUUCGGUGAGAAACAACAACAAGAAGGGACAAGAACGUGAGAAGGAUGAAGGAUAUGAAGGUGAUAGCCAGUGUCUGGAGGAUGAUGAUGAACAAGAAGAAAAAAUAAAUGAAAUAAAUGAAGGAGGUGUAGUAAAUUACAGUUAUGUACAUAAUCUGCUUUCAGGUUCUUCUACACAGUAUGAGAUGAGUGAUUCCUUUAUAAGAGGAAAAUGACAUUUCCAUUACCUCCCAUAGUACUAAAAACCUGGACAGCAUACAAUACUAUUCAGACUGUUAAUCAUACUGUAUAUGAACAUAUAAUUAUCCUUAAAUAAAUUUGUACAGUAUGCAUAUGCCAGGUGGCAUGGUGGCAUAGUGGUUAGCACUGUGGCCUUGUACCUACAGGGUUGAGAUUCCUGCUUUAGGUCUGGUGGCAUGGAGUUUGCAUGUUCGCCCUGCUUUGUGGGCUUUAUCCAGUGUCCAAACACAUGCAGAGUAUGCAUUUCCAAAUUUUCUGUUUCGUGUGUGCGCCCUAAAAUGGAUUGACAC